GACUCCCCCCGAAAGUCAUGAUCGCACUGGGGGACAAGGUUGUCAAGUAAGAGCGGUGAUCUCUUACUUUACUUGGGCUGAGAGCUCAAGCUUAACUACAUCGAGCUAUCGCUUCCUACCCAACGUUUUAAACAUUCUCACAGCAAUAACUCGCCAAACCAUUCUCCGAUUGCCUCUACUGCAUCCACCUUCCUUGUGGUUCGUCUUGAUUGUGCCCUCCGCCAUUCUCGCAACGCUGCUACCUAAUGGGAAUCGAUAUAUCCAACGAUGUCACCUUAGUCUAGCCUCGAUCUCUAACCAUGACUACGGAUUCUGCGCUUACGUACCAUUCGACCGAGUCUCUAAUCCUUCCGAAAAAGCGACGCUUCUUUCCCUUCAAAAUCCCAAUUUUCCAUCCACAACUUCACAAUUAUAUUAGCACCGCCGACCCUGAUAGGAUUUACGUUGUCGUCGACAGAGUCAUAUAUUCAAUUCACAUAUCAUCGCAAAAACGAGAGACCCUAGCUGUUAUCCCGUUUGAACCGAGAUGUCUUGCUGCGGGCUACGGUUGGAUCGCCGUUGGAGGUAAUGAGAACGGUGAAUGUGCUUUUAUCAAGAUCUCCGAAAGGGGAGUGCGUGUACGAGAGGACACAUCAACUUCUCAACCUUCAGAUAUUGACAGUGCCUUGCCGAUUGAUCUUGGUGCGCCUACAAGAAUCUCCCAAUCCUGGCUUUCUGGCGACCAACCGGAUUCAGUACAGGAUGCCGAUCAAAGGCAACUGCCGGAUGUCCAGCUGCAUAAAUUUGGUGGCGAGAUCGUUAACUCCGUGACCAUCCACCGGCUACCUGGCGAUGGAAAAGGCUUAGCGGAUGAAGACAUUAUCAUUCUCAGUAAUAAUGAUAGGUCGGUCACCGUUUAUUCUCUGACCCGCUCGAAGGUUCUCAAGGUCCUCAAUCACCCAGCAUGCAUGAAUUAUGCGAUCGUCUCUCCAGACUCUACCAUCCUGGCCGCGGUUGGUGAUGAAACCCGAGCGUAUUUCUAUGAUAUUACCCGGGAUUUUGAUACAACCGUCCUGACAGAAAGUGGCGAAAAGCUUACUGGCUGGAACUGGGACCCUCUCCGCUCCAUUGAGAUGGAUAUCGGCACUCGGAUCGACGAUGGUUGCUGCUUUGCUAUUGCAUUCUCUCAGUUUAGUCGACUGUGCGCCAUUGGGUCUCAAUCCGGGGUUAUUACCGUGUUUGAUGUUAAAACGCUUCGGGAUAUUACCCACGAACCAGAUGAGAAAAGCUCAAUAAUAUGUCAUUUCAAUUCUUCAAGGCUCUGUUGCAAUGGCGGUGCUGUGCGCUGUAUGGCUUUUGCGCCCGAACCUUGGGACCUUCUGGUGUGGCUUGAAGACAAGGGCCGGGCUGGAAUUGCAGAUGUUCGCCAGGGUUUUCUGCGCAGGCAGAUCAUCAAUUUGGACAACGAUGAUCCCGAGAUAGAGGAAGUUCGUACUAACCCAAUAUUGGACGAUUCGGUGGGCUUGGAACUUGAGAUUGAUGGUCGGUUCAGCCCAGGAUCUGGCGCAGAUGCAGGACAGCGAGCCGCCCUGGGAUCCAUUAACACUCCGCCAAAUGAGUUGGUUGGGGAGACGUCCGACAAUCCGCCGUUGCGUGAUGCUCUGUUACAGGAUCUCACCGACAGGGAGAGGUUGAUCGUAGAGUUUCUGAACACAGCUCGUUGGACCUCAAGGCUGGAAGAGGGUUUAACAGAGAGACGAGCCAGGGCUAAUGCUCAUCCACAUCCUGCACCACGCUUGCGAUUCCAAGGUUCCACAGAUGUGUCCAAUCGCACUUCUCGUCCCACUUCGCCCCUUCGCCAUGGAGAUUCGCUCCAGGACUCUUCGCGAGAUAGCACCUCUGCACAGCCAGGCACCAGCGAGCGCAGACACAAUGCUAGACGUCAAGCUUCUGUUAUCCUAUCCCAGGGCAACUCCGAAACACGCAAUAGAACUCCGGAGGCGGGCAGCUCAAACAUAGAAACACAGCCAAGCAUUACCCUCAGUUGGACUGCUUCGCCCUCCGAGAUACAAUCGAUCGUAUCCGACACUCGUCAGCGUGCUGCCGACUCGUCGAGUGAUCAGAGUAGUUCUAGUGGUAACGAAACGGGCGUAGGAAGUCGGAAUUAUGGGACUUUAGGGCGCCCUUCCGCCACUUUUGACUAUUCCACAGCCCCUGUAGAGUCGAUACCACGGCCGCGGGACCAUCAGCGAUCCCGUUCCGGGCACAGGCAUACUGAGAGACAGGACAACCUGGCUGGUACCCGACACGAACCUUUACGUGUAUCAAACACGGAACUAAGAACCAACGUGGCGGCAGAGCGCCUUCGACGACAAAGACAGGUCGUCAACGAAACACAUAAUCGCAACCAUCCGCGGUAUCGACAGCAGAUAUUAGGCAUCGAUAACACCCGCUCUCCUCGCUGGAUUAGGAGUAUCUUAAACGAGCUUCCAGACCGUAGUUUGGGAAUUGGACAAAGAGAUCAGGGGCCAGGGAGUGCUGCUGGAAUUGGGUGGGGUGCAGACGGCAGAACAUUGUACGUCGCGACUGUCGAUGGUAUAUUCGAAUACCAGAUUAACAUUUCGGACCGAAAAACAUUCCCCGUUGUCAAUUACCGCUAAAUCAUCACUCUGUUUCAAGGUUUUGUUUCACAGCUGAGCUGUGACUCUUUCACUUUUCUAUUUGGCGCUGCUUAAUGUUGAAAUAAUAUGGCCCGGUAACCUUUCUGAGAAAGGAUUCUGGUUCCUUCGCGUACCUUAUCAUGGCGAUAGUGGCAGAAGGUUACGAUUGACGGUGUUGGUGUUGCAGCUUGUUGUCAUUUCCUCUGUUUUCGAGUUUGGGCUUGAUGUGCAAUCUCCCGCAUCAUCAUAUCUUGGAGAUACCAUCUAUUUUCACAUUCGCUUCUCCCUUUCCUUUCCUCGCCAAGUUUGCUUCGUUAUCUGACUCGGUUAAGGAUUCACACUACUCGUCAUCUUCAGGGGCGUCCAUUCGUGCAUGGUUGAUUCAGUUGUCUCGUUGCAUUGGCUUCAGGCGUUUGGGAAAGGAGAUGGGUCGCAGUAUAUGCAAGGAUAGUUAUAGUAUUGCGUGAAAAGUUUCCCUGUAUUUCUGGAUCAGCGCUAUGUAAAAAUGGGUCAGAAUGAUUGAAAACAACAUGACCUCCGAGGCUAAAGCGGGCAGUAGACUUUUUAAUUUGGAUGUGUACGAAGAAGCAAUAACUGGAAAUAUUAUAU